UAACCUACCAAAUCUUUUCCACCCACAAAGCAAAACACCAACUUGGUCAAAGUCACCUCCUUUUAUAUAACACCUCUCUUCAGAUCAUACUCUCACUCGUGUCUCAUUAUUAUACCCACAUUGUAAAUAUCAUCAUCAUCAUGGGAAGAUCACCAUGUUGUGAAAAGGCUCACUCAAACAAAGGAGCAUGGACUAAAGAAGAAGAUCAACUUCUUAUUGAUUACAUUCGUAAUCACGGUGAAGGCUCUUGGCGUUCUCUCCCCAAAUCCGCCGGGUUGUUGCGUUGUGGUAAGAGCUGUAGGUUAAGAUGGAUUAAUUACCUUCGUCCUGAUCUUAAACGUGGAAAGUUCACUGAUAGUGAAGAUCAAAUCAUUGUUAAACUUCACAGUUUGUUCGGAAACAAAUGGUCGUUGAUUGCUGGAAAAUUACCGGGAAGAACAGAUAAUGAGAUUAAAAAUUAUUGGAACACACAUAUAAAGCGGAAACUUCUUAGCCGUGGGAUUGACCCAAACACUCACCAUUCGAUCAUCCAACCCAAAACGACCCCGUUUCAUUCUCGAAACAGAGAUGUAAAGCCGACGUGUCCUCAUGUUAACGCUUAUGUUAAAUUGAAUUGUGCCUCCGCGAGUGGUACGACCACAGACGAGGAUCUUCGGUUAAGUGUUGAUCGCGAUUACAAAUUUGAAGUGUGGACAGUGAGCUGAACUUGGACCUCACACUCGGGUCUAGUCCGAAUCGAUAGGCGACGCGUGACGUUUGUGUUUGUAACUUGGGAUCACGUGAACCUUGUAUGAAUUGCCAGACGGCCAAGUGGGUUCUCUAGUGUUUUAUACUAUAAAACAUCAAUACAAGUUGUGUCUUUUUGUAGUGUGCAACAAACACUAUCUUAAGAAAAUAAAAAAGGCUACUUAAGAAAACACUAAUGUUUUAGCACAACGAUAUAGUUUAGGUAUAGAUUUAACAUAACACCAUUGUGGGGGUGAAAAAGCCGAUUGUCCUUCAGACCCAAAUGGACAAAAACGAUUUGCACACACAAUAUAAUCAGAUUAUUGAAGAAAAAAAAUGCAUAAUUUACUUUUUUUUAAGGGACAUUUGCA